AUGGUAUGGUUUCCUUCGAAGAGAGAUGCUGAGGCUUCGGAGGACCGAUAUGGGUCCAUUUACUCCAUAUCUGGACCGGUCGUUAUUGCGGAGAACAUGAUUGGGUGUGCUAUGUACGAGCUUGUUCGAGUCGGACACGAUUCUUUGAUGGGUGAGGUUAUUAGGAUAGAGGCGGAUAAGGCGACGAUUCAGGUUUAUGAAGAAACUGCUGGUGUUACUGUCGGCGAUCCCGUCCUACGAACUGGCAAGCCUCUCUCCGUCGAAUUGGGUCCAGGUCUCAUGGAAAACAUCUACGACGGAAUUCAACGCCCUCUCAAAGAAAUUCAACGCGAAUCGCAGGGUAUUUAUAUCCCCCGUGGUAUCGACAUUACCGCGCUGGAUCGUAAGAAGGAUUGGGAGUUCACUCCGGGUGACAAGAAAGUCGGCGAUCACAUUACCGGAGGCGAUAUCUACGCUACUGUAUUCGAGAACUCGUUGAUGAAUGACCAUCAAAUCCUUCUUCCGCCUCGGGCUAGGGGUACAAUCACUUACAUCGCCGAAAAGGGGAGCUAUAAUGUCACGGAUAAGGUUUUGGAGGUGGAGUUCGAUGGAAAGAAACAAAGCUUUACGAUGAUGCAUACUUGGCCCGUGCGUGUUCCUCGACCGGUCGCUGAAAGAGAACAAGCAGAUUAUCCGCUUUUCACGGGACAGAGAGUUCUGGACGCGCUGUUCCCUAGUGUGCAAGGUGGUACUACGGCUAUUCCUGGUGCUUUCGGGUGCGGAAAGACUGUUAUUAGUCAGUCGUUAAGUAAAUUUUCGAAUACGGAUGGUAUUAUCUAUGUUGGUUGUGGUGAAAGAGGAAAUGAGAUGGCAGAAGUUUUGAAGGAUUUCCCGGAGUUGUCGAUCGAGAUCAAAGGAAGGAGGGAGCAGAUUAUGAAGCGAACGACUUUGGUGGCGAAUACUUCCAACAUGCCUGUAGCUGCACGUGAAGCGUCGAUUUAUACCGGUAUUACGUUGGCCGAGUAUUUCCGUGAUCAGGGCAAGGACAUGGCCAUGAUUGCAGAUUCGUCGUCGAGAUGGGCGGAGGCUCUCAGGGAACUUUCUGGACGAUUGGGAGAAAUGCCUGCUGAUCAGGGUUUCCCGGCGUAUUUGGGAGCGAAGUUGGCUAGUUUCUACGAGAGAGCAGGAAAGGUUAGGUGUUUGGGAAGUCCCGGACGAACUGGGUCGGUUUCCAUUGUUGGGGCCGUCAGUCCGCCUGGUGGUGACUUUUCUGAUCCGGUUACUGCAUCGACUUUGAAUAUCGUACAGGUCUUUUGGGGGUUGGAUAAACGUCUGGCGCAGAGGAAGCAUUUCCCGUCUGUGAAUACCGGGCUGUCUUACAGCAAGUAUACAAAGUCGCUGGAUAAGUACUACGAGAAGAACUUCCCGGAGUUCCCCAAGUACCGUGACCAAGUCAAGAAGCUACUUUCGGACUCCGAAGAUUUGGAGCAAGUCGUGCAACUUGUUGGUGCACAAUCUCUCGCUGAUAACGACAAGGUUACGCUUUACAUUGCCACGUUGGUUAAAGAGGACUUCUUACAACAAAACGGAUACUCCAAGUACGAUCAAUACUGCCCGAUGUGGAAGAGCAACUGGAUGAUGAAGAACAUGAUGGGAUUCCAUGAUGAGGCGCAGAAGGCAGUUGCGAGCGGGGUCUCGUGGAACAAGAUUAAGGAAGCGACAGGAGAUUUGCAGCAUCAACUGAGGAGUAUGAAGUUUGAGAUUCCGGAUGAUGGGGAGGAGACCAUUACCGCGAAGUAUGAGAAAUUGCAUCAAGGGAUUUUGGAGAAGUUUUCGGCAAUUUCGGAUGAGUAG